AUGGCCGAGGUAUCGGCAGCACCACAGCCGAAGCGCCGGCUAAGGAGGAUCCCCGACGUAUCGCGGAAGCGAUCCGCGUAUAGCUGCGACUUUUGUCGUAAGGACCACAACCUGGAAUGCUCAUAUACAAUUCCGCGAAAGACUAGGUUCUACGGCAGCGUGGACAGUCUGAGUGAUCGAUUCAAAUGUUUAGAGGCCAUCGUACGUGGGGCAUUUCCCAAUGACGGCAUCUCCACCGUUCCGGACCUCAUCCGGCUAGGAGAGAGCAGGGGUUAUGCCAUGCCGGACCUAUCGCAGACGUCAGGGGAAUCACCUAGGAUAGAGGAGCUGGUGAGAGACUUCGCUACGAAAGCUGGAGACCAGGGCGUCACAGGGUCAAUACAGGGUGCCUCUUCCUCACCACCAAGAACAGGUGUCGUGAAUGUCCAUACCGAGAAUGAAGGAAGGCACUCUUCCACCCAAGUCCUGGAAAAAAAUUCCUGUACAGAUGAACCGGUUGGACUCAUUAGAGAUACCACUGGACGAGAACAUUUCAUCGGCCCGUCUGGAAGCCUGCAGUUUUUGGGCCAGCUCCGGAGGUUGCUUCUUGUAUCCCGCAGCGAGGAUGCCGUAGGCUCCCGGGCACCCGCUCGUUUUACGGCCACGUUCACCGAUGAAGAUGCAGCGCAAGCCCUGGAAGCAGAUGGUGACCAGAGUGAGUUCGCUGCUUUGCCUGUUGGAGGCACUGGCAACGGUGCCGAUGAGCGCCAGGAGAUUGACGAGCGCUCCCCUGCCUCCUUGGGUUCUGCUCUUGUCCGGGAUUUCUCCAAUAUACCCGUAAAUGAUAUCGACGAGAUAAGGAGGCAGCUUCCGGCUCGCGAUGUCGUCGAUUCUCUGAUCCGGGUAUAUUUCAAGCACGUCCAUCCAGACUUUCCCUUAUUCCACCGCGGUACCUUUGAGGAAGAAUAUGAGACCUUCAUGUCCAAAGGGCGGCACUAUGAUCAGCGCCCUCGAGCGGGUGUACAUUUACCUUCUCCCACCUUACCCGAGGCAGGCUGGUUAGGCUGUUUGCAUAUGAUGAUUGCCUUCGCCGCACUUACUGGCUCUGUUGAUAUCGCUACCGACUUGGAUCUUACUUCCCUCUGUCGCCAUUGUGCCAGCCUCACCCGUCAGCUCCUGCCUCACUUUAUCUCAAAGUGCACCCUCUCCAACGUUCGAGCUCUUCUGCUUUUAUCCCUCUUUCUACAUAAUCAUAAUGAGCGUAACGCGGCCUGGAACUUGGUUGGGACUGCCAUGCGCCUUUCCUUCGCCAUGGGCCUGCACCGAGCGAGCGACACUGGGUCACACUUUCGGCCAAUGGAAAGGGAGGUGCGCAAGCGCGUCUUCUGUACGCUCUACGGCUUUGAGCAAUUCCUCGCGUCCAGCCUUGGGAGACCAAGCGGAUUUUACGACUUCGAAGGUGUGGAGAUAGUCCCUCCGCGUGAGGGAGUGCUGGACAGUGGACAGGAUGAGGCCGACGAGGUCAUGAAGCUUUCGCUGAGGCUGCAAGUUAUUCUGGCUAAAGCCAGGGUGUCCCUGGCCGUCAAGACGCUGGCUGUGGCUAAGGGAAGGAGCAACAUCGACGGUCUGGCUCGGCAAGAGCAGUCUGCAAAAGAAACGCUGGGAAUCUUGAAGGCGUGGAAGGACGAUCUUGCCUCCCACCACAUGUUGAACAUCCCAUUGAUCAAAGAGACAGAGGACUCACUUUGCCAGAAUGUUGAGGAGAUGCCGCGAAUGUCAUUUCAAGAUCUCAAGGCCAUGAUGGGUUGGCAAAGUCGACCUCGACUUCGGGCUGCCCUGGUCUUGCACCUCCAAUACAGGUAUAUUGCUGUUCUCGUGACGCGGUCUUCUUUGCUACGAUAUGUUGCGUCCGCACAACAGGGUGAGCCAGAGCACAUAGCUCUGCUCAGCCAGAAUGAGGUCAGAACCGACCCGCAUAACGGCUCUGCAGGAGAACGGCUAUCAGACAUCUGCGUCACACACGCCGUGCAGCUAUGCCGACUCAUAUUGCUUGCAGACUCCUUUGACUUGGUGAAUGGAAUAUCGGCCAUGGAUGUCUUCUACGCUUACUGCGGCGUUAUGGUGCUCAUAUUGCGGUCGCUACGUAUUUCUAGCUCUGCAAACCAAUACCAUGACCAGCGCGAGGCGCACCUGCAGCUGGAAUUGCGCAAGCUGAUCACACAAACGAGAGAAGUGCUCAUGCGUGUGAACAAGUGCAGCACGAUGAAGCGGUUCGCGCGCGUUGUGGCUACCUUUGAGGAUGGAUCAAGGCAGGAUAAUGUCAGGCCUGCUGAUGGCUCUACGGAUCGGCUAACGGCUAGCGGCGCUGGGUUUGAGACGGGAAUAACUCGACAGGCAUCUCGCGGCCAUCGGGGCCGGUCCAACGGCUCUAUUCACGAAGCCCUAGACGGCAGGCGAGCGAGCAACCUAGCAAUCUAUCCAGGUGCAGGAGCAUCGCUAGACACAUCCUCCUCCCUGUCAGCGUCGCAGCAACGGCCCCUGAGUUUUCAGCACGGACAAGGCCUCGAAUUUAUGCCGAGGCUCGGUAUAUCAGAUCCUUUCUGGCAGCCAAAUUUAUUGACGUCAUUGGAUGGGGAGCCAGAGGCUAACAAUUGGAUGAUGGACUCAUUUCUGGCGAUGGACGGGACCAGCAUUGUGGACUGGGGCGAUAUCGAUUCUCUCUUGUCACGAAAUCCGGGCCAAUAG